AUGGAUAUCAAAAAAAUUCUUAUUGAUUAUAAUUCAGUUGAAACUUAUAAAAACAACUUUGUACUUAGUAGUGAUGAUGAUAAAGAAAAUUCAGAUAAACAGAUUUUAAAUCAUUUGUGUAAUAUACUUGAAGAG